UGAUGUCAUCGUGAAUGGGCAUUUUGGAUUGGACCAUUUCCUUUACGUCAUUUGCUUCUAACUUUAACCCAAACAUUUGCCCGCGUUGAGAAGUUGUCUUCCUACUACAGGAUCCUGUGGUUAGCAAGCUAGCUUGCCAGCUAGUUUUGUAAAGAUGUCGAACUCACAGAAAACUAACGGUAGAUAUUUGUGGUGGGCUCUUAUGGGUCUUGGAAUUCAGCCCGAAGUUGCGGCAUCACACGGAGCCAGCAAAGGCAAUAUCAAACACAUAAAUCUUGGACCAAACAUGUUUGACAGACCAAACAAGGAUGCUUUCUGUAUAGUUACUCAUUUUCUAUUGGAAAAACUUAACCCGUCCCGUUUCCAUGAUUCAUACAGACAUUGCUGGCCAAUUAUGGAUCACAAAGCAGAUGCGGAAUUCCGUAAAAUCACGUGUGCAUGGCUGCGAGAUAUAACGGAUGAAAAUGGCAGCGCAGGUCCCAAAGUAGCAGCAUCGCUGUUUCUCUCACCUGGUGGGCCCAAGUUCAUCAACCUGAUGCUCUGGUUAGCCAAUCAUGUUAUGCUGCAGGACAUGAAGACAUUUUCCACAGACGGCACGUGGGUCCCGGAGGCGGCCUGGAGUCCAGCCUCCUGUCCUGAGACGGCGGAGAAGCGUCUGUGUCUGGUGAGGAGCAGGUUCCUCAGAGCCGCGCUGCACCAGGACCAGCUGCUGCAGGAGUACCAGAGACGGGCCCAGUCCCAGGUGAAGUCUCUGAGAGACAGAAGAGCCGAAGACGCCAAGUAUGAAGAUCUGCUGAAGCUUCACAACCAGGACUCUGAACAGGACAGCACUGCUCUGGCUCAGAAGAUCCAGAAGGUGCGCUCCCUGUGGUCGAGGGUGGAGGCGGUGCAGUCGGCCCUGCGGCAGGAGCGGUGUGUGGUGGAGAGCGUGCUCAGAGGACAGGAGGGCCACUACGUCCUGGAUGGUAGAGACCUGGACCUCCACAUCCCCCUGGCCCUCCUGCGGAGAGUGGAGCACCUGCAGCUCCAAGGGGGCGAGGGAGGCGUGUACGAGGGGGGGCAGAUGAACCUGCUGGGAACCCUGGAGCUGCUGACCCACGCCCUGCGUCUCCUGGGGGAGGAGUGGGCCCUGGCCUCCCGCCACGCCCCCGCCUCCCUCCCCAGCCCCCGGGUCUUCCAGGAGAAGAGCCAGGAGAUGGCCCGCUCCCUGGAGAGCCUGCGUCUCAUGAGGAAGAAGAUCUCCCGGGAGGAGGUUCCGGAGGUGAAGAGCGUCAUCAGGAUGUUGGAGGAGGACUGGGAGAGGCGCUGGGCCCAGACCCUGAAGCAGCACCCCCUCACCUCCUUCCUCAACGAGGACCCCGCCCUUACCUUCCUGUCCCCCAUGGCUCCUCUGUGUUUUGAAGCGUCCUCAGAGUCCAGCUCCAGAUGCAGCAUCUUCUCCCAGUACCCUGCCAAGCUCCUCGAAUUCUCCGAAGAGGAACCCGCAGAGAAGGACUCAGAUCCUCUCAGAGCUGUCGCCGCGGUUACCACCGACGACAGCAGGUCCGGCCCUCCAGCUGGGGGCAGGACAGCAGCUCAUCUCUCACCCAGGGGGCGCUCUCCUCCCAGGACCACAACGCUCCUCACUCCAGCUGAACCUCCUCUGGCUGGCCUGGUCACGGCCCCUGCCCCAGCCCCAGCCCCUGCCCCAGCCCCUGCCCCUCCUCCUCAGAAGGUCAGCGUGUCGAAGCGCUCCCUCCCUCAUCCCCAGCUGUCGGCCGUGAAGAAGGCAGCUCAGAUCGUGGACUGGGAGUGUGACAAUCUGGCAGACCAGUUCUCAGAGGCUGUGACCACCAGUCCUGUAGGGGGCGGUGUUGGUGUAGGGGUGGAGCUGGGCAGCUUGCUCAGUACGCUGGCAGCAGACCCGUUCUCCAGCAGGAAGCAGCUGCCUCGCACCCCGGACAGCCUGAUCAGGGACGUGAAGUCAUCCUGGAGGAAGGCGGUGGAGGAGGGGGAGGCUCAGAAGGCCAGCAGACCUCAGCAUGACAGUCUCCUCAACUACCUCAGCCCCCUCAGCGAGAGGCAGAACACCACCCCCAGCCCCCUCAGCGAGAGGCAGAACGCCACCCCCAGCCCCCUCGUCCUGGCCCCAACCCCAGCCCCCCAGCACGGGGCCUCCCUUCCUCUCCCAGACUCCAGCCUCUCCUCCAGCAUGCAGCCUCUCCUCAGCCAGAACAGCCUGCUGCUCUUCAGCCUCGACAACGAGACUCUGCCAGAACCACCCUGCGGAAACAGCCUUCUCAGCUCUGGGGACGAGGAGGGAGACGAGGAGGGAGAGGAGGGAGAGGAGGAGGGGGGAGAGCUUCUCCUUCCCCACAUCCCCUCCCUGAGAGCAGGAAUGGAGCCGGUGUUGCUCGCAGCCCGUAAACACGUCGACAGGCUCCAACAGGCGUACGCUGAAGCGUCUUUCACAGGCGCCAGGAAGAGGGCGCCAGAGGCCACGCCCUCCCCAGAGGCCACGCCCUCCCCAGAGGCCACGCCCUCCCCAGAGGCCACGCCCAGCGACAGACGGGACACCGGCGACUGGCUGAUAGACACGCCAGGUGAGACUGCAACCACGGAAACCAUAGACAAGGUUUUCUCCCUGGACCUGGAGACUCUAGGCAUCCCGUCGACCCCCAGGCAAGAGCUGUACUGCCUGCCCCCGCUGGUCACCUUCUCCCCCAUAGACGACAUGUAGCGCUUACAGUCCUGAGAAAAACCAUAUUAUCCUAACCCCAAACAGUCUAUAACCUUCUGGGGUUAGUUAAUGCCGUUUAAGUUAGUAUGCAGUUAGAUGUGUACAGUAUUUCUUAAUCGUGUGGCUUGUUUGUCUUAACCAAUCUAACAAGGUCUAUUUUCCUACUGAAAACAAAAACAAACAAAACAUUUGUAUAAAGGUGACUGAUGAAGCCAUUGAUGAGAUUGUCAAACAACUAAUGUGUACAUAGUUAAUGAACUUAAUAAAAUAAUGGAAAAUGUGUUCGAAUUAAGUUUCAAUUUGUUUUUUCAUUCAGUGAAAUGAGAAAAUACCACACUGAAAGCUGUCAGUCUGUAAUGAAUGCCUUACCAACCUACUAGUCUGUAGAGAGGGCAGGGUACUUAUUAUCUAUUCAGGUUAUAGAUCUCCCAGACACGCACUAUGGUAAGCCCGAUAGCUGGAGAUGAAAAGGUAAACAUCACAAUGAAAGGCUUUUAUUUCUUGAUUUUCACAUUAAGCUGUGUUCAGCUGCCUUAUGAGGGAAUCUUUGUAUUUACAAUUUGUGUUUUUGCUUCCAUCAAUAAGUGGAAUGAUCGAUUUGGCUUUCACAUGACACGUCCUCAAAUGGUUUUCCUGAUAACUGUCUUUAAACCUUAGCCCAAGUAAAACAAUUUCAUGCUUUCAAAAAGAUGGCUAUGAAUAUUUCAUGACGAAUCUUUCUUAUAGGAUGUAUGCCACAUUGAAAAGAUUCAAGUCUUGCUUUGCAUAUUUUGAUUUGAUAGUAUACAUUUCCGUUUUGACUACGGUUCUUUUUUACAAUCUACAUGAAUGACUAAUAAAUCUUAACAGCCACAUUAAAACAGUGCCACCAAAUGACCAACAGGAGGCGCUGUGGUACAGAGGACAUCCUUAAGGUAAUACUGACUGAAGAAGCGUAAACCAUUAACUGCAAAAAGUAUCACAGACGAUUCUUUUGUAUAAAAAAACGCUAAACAGGUCCCUAGUUUAAUCUAGGGAAUUUUUUUGUUCAUGAGGCAACACUGGUGUUAACAUCCUGUUUUGUCCAGGUGAAGGAGACUGGAGGGUAAAACUAAUAAACCGAAUGAGGUAGCCUUAGUUUUACGAGAAAACAGAUGGGUACAGAGGGACCAAAGAAAUGGGCAAACGCUUACUGCAACGAUAAACUAAACGAUAAACUAGGCUGUCCUGCAUCAGCCUGUCUCUGUGACGGACACCGCUUUAUUCAUCACGACUUUAUUUCCCACGUCCUGAAAUAACUUGAUCAAAGGAAAAAAUGCACAUAGGUUAUUCUGGUGUUAUUCACCCCGUUCCGUGGCUUGAUAUGUGCAGAGAAAGCAGCACUGGUUGUCUUUUCCUACCGUGUCGGCUAGCAGGAUUCCAGGCAAAUUGGGCGGCCCAAGCUGUGUCUAAUGCAGCCAUACUCCCACAUCUGAAUUUUAGUGCACUCUCAACCUGACCUCAUUGUAACUCUCCUCCUGUUGGG